UAUGUAGGGGUAAAUGAGUAGUUUCAUACACCGAAAUUGUUUGAUGGUAAGGAGAGGCGAACGGAUAAUGUAAUGGGGACAGGGCGAAAUGGCGAGAGUGAGAACUCGGUCGGUGAGAUGCUCUGAUGAUGUUGGCGAUGGCUAUGGCGAUGUCGAGAGUUGGGAACCCUCCGCACAAUUUGUCGGUUUGGCGUCGUAAUUUCGCCGGAAAAGUGAAGAAGUGUCGGCCGGUGACGUACGCGUCGGUUUCGCCCUCUGAUUGGCGGGAGAGUCGACGAUUGGUCUCCAUUUCUCUCGUUCUCUCUCACUCUCUCCUUAUCCCUCAUCACGCUAUUGCGGGUAGCAUUUUUGAUAGAUAUGUGAAAAGGAAAAGGCUUGAUCCCUUGGACGCUUAUGUACCAGCUUUGAUAUUAAGCCAGUUGCAGAUUAAGGACUUGGAUAAAUUAUUGGAAGGAGAUCAGCCUCAAUAUGCUUCUUUUCGAUCUCUACUUCGUUCUGGCCCCGCAGCUUCACUUCGUGUAAAUAUACGUGCGGUAGCACAAUAUGCUUCAGAGAGUGGAAAUGGUAAAACUGCUUUUAACGAUGUUGACCAAUGUCUCAGGGCCUUGGAGGAACUUGACUCCUUGCUUUUGCACGCAUCAAGAAACGACCCAGAAGCUUCAGUCAAGUCAAUGAAGGCAAAGAUUAAUGUUGCCCUUGAUUCUUUGGACGGCCUCCUCAAAACUGUGCCUCCGGAUGUGCUGGAUAAAGGGCUGGCGAUCGCGGAUUCAUAUAGAAACUCCGACGAAGAGAUCAAUAGCGAUGUUGUUGACCCGGAACUCCAGCAGUUGGAAUCAAUUCUAUGAAUUCGUCUGUGAAAUACUGCUCUAACAAUAAUUAAGAACGAUACCUACUGGCCAAAAUGGCAACUCAACGAGAGAGAGGAAACGACUACACCGGUCUGUAUUCUGAAAGGGAUGGUAACAUAGUAAGAGAAGAACGGCAUUUUUUUUUUUCCGUAAACUUUUAAUUUCGUAUAGUGUAUUAGCAUAAAAGCAUGAUAAAUGUUGAGGUUUGCCGUGCAUUUGAGUUUUUUUUUUUGUUUUAUUUAAAAUAAACGACAUCCUUUUUUCCCAA